AUGUCAAAUAAUAAUGAACCAACAACAUUUGAAGAAGCAUUUAAACGUUAUAUUGAAUAUCGUACACGUUUUGAACAUUUAGAAAAUGAAUUUGAUGAAUAUCAACAAUCAUCAUUAAAUUAUGAACAAGAAUUAGAAGUACAAUUAAAACAAUUAGAUAAUCAAGCACAUCGUUUACAACAAGAUUUAUUUCUUGAACGUACACAAAAUGAACAAUAUCGUGAACGUAGUGAACAAACUAUAAAACAAUUCGAUAAACGUUUUGAUCAAAUACAAGCAGAAUUAAAUUCAUGUAAAAAUUUAAAUGAAAAAUUAACACAUUAUAUAAGAGAAUUAGAACAAACAAAUGAUGAUCUUGAACGAAGUAAAAGAACAUUACUUGAUAGUUUAUCAACAUUCGAAACAAAACUUAAUCGAGCAUUAGAACAAAAUGCUUUAUUAGAAGAUGAACUUGAUGAAAAACAACAGUUAACUGAAACUGUUCAACGAUUGCGUGAUGAAACUCGAGAUUUAAGCGAAGAACUUGAUGUAUUACAUAAAACAAAUAAGGAAAAAGCGACUAAUUCUAAUGAAACACCAAUUGUUAAUAGUAAUCGAAUGAAAAGUAUUUUAUCGGAAGCAGCAGCUACCAAUAGCACAAUAACACGUGAUUCUAAUAUUCAACAAGAUCUAUUAAAUGUUAAUCUUUUAGAUGAUCAAAAACCUGAUCUUUCAACUUCUAAACCUCCAUUAAUAUCAAUAACAACAGAUUUAAAUCGAACUAUUUCAACUUCCAUAGAUUCACAAUUAAUAAAAGGAAAUGAUUUUUAUCAACCAGUAUCAAAUUCAACUCGAUUAGAAUCAUUAAAAUUAAUCGGUGAAGCAUUUCGACGUUUUACAACACUUGAAUCAACUCUUUUAGCACAACGUAAACAAUCUCAAAUGACAACAUCAACACAUUCCACUCGUUCAAGAUUUAAUUCAACAACGAAUGCAAAUUAUAAUAAAAAUAAUGAAUCGAUUAGGACUGAAACACAUUCAUAA